UAGCCAACAGCGAUUUAAGAAAAUGGCGAUCAUGCAGGACGGAUGCCUCCCCUCGUAGAUGCUGCAAACGCGUUGAAAUUAUUUUAGCCUUACAGCCGGCUUUCCUUUCUACUCUGUUGCACUUUAUACUUCAAUGAGAGAUUUGGAAUUGGAAGCUGUUGCCACCAAAGAAGCUGAAGCAUCUUAACAGGGACAAUACCCAUAGAGGGAAGAACAGUGGAUGGAAGAGAGAGAGAGAGACGAAGAGUGUGACCAGGAAGGAGGACAAGAAGAUACAGAACUGGUCAAAAGUGCCAGAGCAUACCAAGUCAAGGCAGAGUCCUAAACCUGAACCACAUCCCCUCUUCCCCCUCCCCACAUUUACGCUUACACACCUACACCCACGUACAAACACAAACGCUUACACAUACAGUCCUCAGCAAUGCCAACGGGGCCUGAUCAGCUUGCUGCCCGCUCUGACAAGCCCUGCUUCUUCACCUCAGACCCUUGAGGCUGUGCCCUCUGAGCUUUGACCAUUGACCUCCCCUUUGUUGACCUGGGAACCAGAGGUCUCCUGUUCUCUACUCAACCCGUGGACGCCCUCCUGCCCAGCCAGGAGCCUCAGCCACGAGCCGUACUCACAGGCAUGGCUCCCAUUCGGGAUUCCGUCAGCCACUCCCCUAAUCAAGCAGGUCUGGAGCACCCUGGCUUGGACUCACAGUAUGAGCCUUCCCCCUGGUCCUCUGGCUCUCCCUGCAGCAGUGACGGCAACAGCAACUGGGGCAAAGUCCUAGUGGACAGAAGCACCGACAAAUCCAACAACCCUUCGUCAACUAACUCUUCUGUCUGGCCUCCCUCCUCCUCUUCAUUCUCUUGCUCCUCAUCUUCUUCCUCUUCUGGCUGUGGGUCAGGAUCAGACCCUGAGUUGGCAUCAGAAUGCAUGGACGCAGACUCUAGCUCCUCGAUCGGCUCAGAGAAAAACCUUGCCGCUGUCACAACAGUGAUGAUGAUGUCAGCAAAUGCUUCUUCCUCUGUGUCUUCUACGGCUUCUUCCCCCUCCUCCUCUUUGGUGACUUCUGCCAUGAUGGUCAGCGUUUCAGUGAAUGGAGAUGGCAACGGCAACGGUCGUCAGGUCAUUGGUGGAGGCGUCGGAACCAUCAGCAGUGCAAAUAAUGGAAAUAAUAACAUCACUGGCCCCUCCCACUACUCUGUGGCAGGGUCCAGCAGUAUUGGCAGCAAUAACAUGGGUAACCACCACAACAAGCCCGUCAAUAACAGUGGUAUAUGGGGCACGCAGUCAGGCAGCAACAUGAUUACCACCGGCGGAAGCACCCCCUGCAUCAAUGGAGGGUUAAACCCAAACACUUCAAACCCAAAUCCCAACCAUGGUGCCUGGCCGCAGAAUCUAACCCCAAGCUCAUUGUCCCAGGGCCAACGUCCUCCACAGGCUCAGGGGAUGAGGUCCAAACUGAGUAUAGUUCCCCAAGUAGGCUGGGGUGGCAUGGCAGCUCCAAACAGCAGUAUGGAAGACACUGAGGUGAAUAAUGGUACAGCAAGCGGCAAUGUGUUAGGAAGCAGCAACAGUGGAAAUGGUGGCCUACAGCCUACCAACCUUAACACUGAAUCCAAUGGACCAAAUAACACUAUUAUGAUGAAUACUACUACUACUACUACUAAUGCCACAAUGACCUCUAGUCCACCAAGCUCUACCGCCUCACCCCAGCUCAGUGGGGAGUGUUCUUGGGGCUCUAUUGGAGGAGGGAAUGGGGGUCCGCUGGCCAAUGGAAAUGCCUCAUCAGCCUCCCUGCACCCCCAAGGAGAGCUAGGAGGUCCUGGGGCCUUCGGUACGCCUUGGGGCACAACUACCUACCCUGGAGACAAGGGCCACCCAAAUGUAGACACUGUGAACCCCCAAAACCCUGCCGCAAUGCAGGCUGGGAACCCCCAAAUCUCCUCUACUGCUGCUUACAAGAGUAAUAAUAACGACAAUAACACUGCGGCCCCACGCUGGGACCAGGGGCCUGCCAACAACCCAAACCAGCCCCAGAGCAACUUGUCCUGGGGUAUUGGCUCAAAUCAAAUCCCAGGCUCUGCAGGCCAAACACCAGGAAAUGGGAACCAAACUACCAUGGGCCCUCCAGCAGGCAUACCUCGUCCGUGGGGGAGCAGCGCGUCUUCUUCUUCCUCGUCGUCAUCGUCCUCUUCCACAUCUAUCAACAAGAUGUCAAAUGGAGAAUGGGGAUCAACAACUCCUGGAAUCAACCAUACAGAUGCUGGAAGUCAUAAAGGAAGCUCUGCCAACAAUGGCUGGAAGAGCCUGGAGGAUGACGCCAUGGGCAUGGGAGGGGGAGGAGGUGGAAGCCACAGCUUGGGAGGUGUCACUGCAGGGUGGGGUCGCUCAGGAGGAAGUGAGGGAAGUGGAGAGAGCUCCGGAGGUCGAUCCAGCUCAGAGAGGGAGGGUGGCCAGCCAAAAGGGGGAAACCGUAGAAAAGGUACCCAUUCUGCAUCAGUAGCGUCAACUGUGUCCCAGGCCGAUGUGGACCCAAGGGUUCUGUCAAACACUGGAUGGGGACAGACGCCCAUACGGCAGAACACCGCCUGGGAUGUCAAUUCUCCUGCUAACAAUCAACACCAGGGUCCCAGAGGAGACGAAAGAAAGCAUAGCAGCGGAGGUUCCGGCUGGGGCACAGCAACACCGGCAGCUCCCUCUCAGACCUCUGGAGGUUGGGGGGGUGGGCCAGGCAGCUCAGGCCCAGGUACAGGAAGUUCUGGCUGGGGAGAGCGGACAACCUCUGGGUGGGACAGCAAAGUUCCAGCAAGUGGAGGAGGUGGGCAGAGUGGCUGGAAUGAAGGAUCCAGCUACAAGGGGAGCAACAACAACAGUAACACCUGGAGCAAUAACAUUAACAAAGAUGACAGGUCCAAUACGUGGACUAAUGCGCCCAAACCACAGCAGGGCUGGGGUUCCAAUAGUAGAAAUGGAUGUGAAGGCUGGGGUAAUGGUGGAGAUGGUGCCAGACCAGGGCCCAACAACCACUGGGGGGAGCCCCAAAAAGGUGCAGGCUCAGUGGGCUGGGACAGUGACAGCGACCGGUCUGGCUCUGGAUGUUGGAGCGAGCCAAGUCGAACCAACACCAGCAGCAGCAACACCUGGGUAGGUAGUGGAGGAUCAAAUACUCCAGACCAGAACACUCCAAACCCAUGUUCCAACUGGGGCGAUUCAGUCCACAAACCCAAUCCUCAGAGUAACAGCCAGGGCUGGGGUGAGCCAAUGAAGAACAACCAUGGAGCCCAGACCUGGGGUGAGCCAAAUCCCAAGUCCUCCAACGAGUGGGGAAAAGGUCCUGAAUCCACCAUGUCCAAAGGCAAUCAAGGUCCUGACAAGCCCACAGGUUGGCUGGGAGGCCCCAUUCCCACAGUAGGUCAGAAGGAGGAAGUGGCAACUGGGUGGGAAGAACCUUCUCCAGAGUCCGUUCGUCGGAGGAUGGAGAUCGAUGAUGGGACAGCAGCUUGGGGAGACCCUGCUGAUGACUCACAUGAAACCUUCAUAGGUAAAUACAGUGGUGGAGCUGUCAACAUGUGGAACAGGACUAGCCAAUCUGAUCAGGAGGCCAUAGGCCCAUCCUCCCAGCACCAGUCCCACCCAGCACACAGCUCGAAGCAUCCUCCUCAGCCCGCGCAGCCUCUUACCCAGGAGAAAAGCUGCAGCUCUGGUUGGGGUGAGCCUUACCCCAAACAGAAAGAGUCCUCAACAUGGGGGGAGCCUACCACUGCUCCACCGGUGAAAGUGGACAACGGGACGUCUGCCUGGGGGAAACCCAUGGAAACCAGCUCCAGCUGGGAAGAACCCAGCAGGGGUAGCAGAGACUCUGGGUCUACAUGGGGCGGCCAACAUAAAUCUGCUCCAGUUCCGAAGCCCAUGGAGACAUGGUGUGGUGAAGAGGCGUCCAUGGGCAAUAGCUGGGAUCAGGAAGAGGAGGUUGAGAUUGGCAUGUGGAGCAACAGCCAACAGGACAACAGAUCCCAUGAACAAAACACCUGGAACUACAAGCAUAGAGGCUCCAUCAAGAUGAACAAACCGAUGAACAAACAGGAUGAACCCUGGAUGAAACCGUUCGUCAACCAGUUCAACAGCAUGAACUUCUCUAGGGACUCUCCUGACGACUCCAUGAAGACAGGAGCAGGGAUGGUGCAGGACAAACGUAUGGACAUGGGCAGUAUGGGAGACUUCAAUGGAGUAAUGGGGAAGACCCCCGGGUCUCGACACCAUCUCCACAAGGAGUCUGCCAUGGAUCGCAGCCCUUACUAUGACAAGAAUGUAAACCCGAUAAUGGGUGGCAACAUCGUAGCACAGGGCCGAGGUGGCCCCCAGUCCCAGGCCCCCCCCCAACCCAAUCUUCGUAACCAAGUGCCUCCACCCAUCCUGCCCUCUCAGGUCCCUCCAUCCCUGUUGAAGUACCCAGGAGGUAACGGAGGUCUGAACCCUCUGUUUGGCCCUCAGCAGGUGGCUGUGCUCAACCAACUCUCCCAGCUCAACCAGCUGUCACAGCUCAACCAGAUCAACCAAUUACAGCGUCUUCUCCUCCAGCAGCAGCAGCAGCAACAACAGCAACAGAAAGCUCAGAGCCAGAGAGCCAUGCCCGUGGGACGACAGACUGAACAGACACGUCCUAUUGGUUCGUCUCCAUCAAUGAUGCAGCCGCCACGGCACCUGGACCCCACCCUGUUGAAACAGGCCCCGUCCCACAAACCGUACCUGGAUAACUACUUGUCCCACAAUACCCCUGAGAUGCAGAAGGAUGCUGCUGCUCUCGGAUCCUUCAGCAACUUCCCUUUAAGCUUGAACUCUAACCUGAAUGUAUCCCUGGACAUGGGUGUUGGUGGUGGUAGUGGUGGCGGAGCUGUGAGCUACAAAGAGCCGCCCCAGUCCAGACUGAAGAAACUUUGGGCUACUGACCCUCUGGAGCAGAACAGCAAACCUGGUGCUAUGUCGUCUGGGCUGCGUCUGGAGGACUCUCCCUUCUAUGACUUCCUGUCUCCUGGCCCAUCUCCCCUGAGUCCUCCCGGCCAAUCAAUGGGCUCGGUGGGUGAUGGCUGGCCACCCCGUGCCAACUCCCCCCCGCCCCAUGGAAACACUGUCACCUGGCCCCCAGAGUUCCGGCCCGGGGAGCCUUGGAAAGGUUACCCCAACAUUGACCCUGAGACUGACCCCUAUGUGACCCCCGGCAGUGUCAUCAACAACCUCUCCAUCAACACCGUCCGUGACACAGACCACCUCAGGGACAGGAACAACGGGCCAUCCUCAUCACUGAACACCACGAUGCCUUCUAACAGUGCCUGGUCAUCCAUUCGUGCCUCCAGCCACAGCGGUUCCCUCACCAGUACAGCACAAAGCACUUCAGCCAGACCCAGUGAGUCAAAGUGGUCUCCCGGCGGCGGUUCUGUGUCCAACUCCUCCCUGGCUCAUGAGCUGUGGAAGGUCCCCCUGCCUCCCAAGGCCAUGUCUGUGGCGGCCCCCUCCAGACCACCACCUGGCCUCACCAGCCAGAAGCCCAGCCCUGCCUCCUCCGGCUGGGACGGCUCUGCCCUGAGGCUGGGGGGGUGGGGCUCCUCCGAGUCCAGAUACACACCUGGUUCCAGUUGGGGUGACAGCAGCAGCUCAGGGAGAACCCAAUGGCUUGUUCUGAAAAAUCUCACACCUCAGAUUGACGGCUCUACCCUGAGGACCUUGUGCAUGCAACAUGGCCCUCUGAUCACAUUCCACCUCAACCUGCCGCACGGUAACGCUGUGGUAUGCUACAGCUCCAAGGAUGAGGCCGCCAAGGCCCAGAAGAGCCUGCACAUGUGUGUUUUGGGGAACACUACUAUUCUGGCUGAGUUUGCCAGCGAGGAGGAAAUCAACCGUUUCUUUGCACAAGGGCAGUCAUUGGCCACUCCCUCCUCCGGUUGGCAGGCCAUUGGCUCCUCUCAGAGCAGAAUGGAUCAGUCUCACCCCUUUCCCAGCCGCGCUCCUGAACCUAACCAGUGGAACAGCAGCGAUCUCCACAGCUCCUCCCUCUGGGGCGGGCCCAACUAUUCCAGUAGCCUGUGGGGGAGCCCCAGUGGCACCGAGGCGGGGAGGAUCAGCAGCCCCUCUCCAAUCAGCUCUUUCCUCCCAGUGGAUCACCUGAACGGGGGUGCGGACUCCAUGUGAACCGCCUGCCAAUCAAACAGGCUGAGGGAAGGGUCAGUAAAGAAUUAUCAAUAAUCAGCAGAAGAAAAUGGUGGGGGGGGGGAAGUAGGUAAACGCAAUGGCACUAGUUGGACUCUUUCUUACUUACAAGAUAUUCAACAAAACGGGGUCUCCCCUGUGGAAAACAAGUUACGUUUCUCUCUCUGCACAUAUGUCCACUUUGUUUUAGCCCAAAAACAUAUCAGUCGGAAUACUUGAAUCAUGCAGGCCAAUUCUAUAAUGUGAACGGAUGGAUAUUUGCUUCCAGGUAGUGCUCUUUCAGACCGAAAAAAGCUUCAAUCGAGCUCAUUAUUAUAUAUAUAUAUAUAUAUAUAUAUUUUUUUUUUUUUGUUUGUUUGUUUCAUUCGUCAUGUUUAUUUGAAUUCCAAUACUUUUCAUUUUUAACGUUCUCUUUUUGUUUUUGCAUUUGUUUGCUGACAAUGUUGGAGUAUGAGCUUUUUUAACUUUGCACUGAAUGUGGUUUUUUCUCAGUAUAUAUAAUCUGCAAUAUAGAGGGAGCAGCCAGUUUUUCCAGUGUAGCUGUUUACUCAUUGAGGUCCUUACCGUAUGUGUGUAUGUGUGUGCACGCGCACUUGUGUGUGGAAGUACUUUGUGUGUGUGUGUGUGUGUGUGUGUGAGAGAGAGCGCGCAUGUGUGCGUGAAUGAGUAUGUGUGCGCUCCUCUCUGCCUUGGCACGCCUACCUUACUGCGUUGUCGUGGAGUUCAAGAUCAACAGAUAGUUUAAGAAGAAUAAAAGCUGACUUAGGAGGAUUAUCUGGUGAUAGUAAAAGUGACAUUAAAAAGUAUUGCACCAAUUUUGUUUUAAAACUAAAGAACGUUGAGCUCUGCAGUGCUAAGGACUGUAGCCGCAGCUGGGACUAGCAAGCCCCGCCCACCUUACAGUGGGAGGCGGGGCCUAUCUAGCAAGCCUUCCCAUUAGCCCCCUAGUGGGCAGGGGAGGGGGAACAGCACUUUCAGAAUAGGCUUUCAAUGUUUUGGAGGUGCCACACUGUAACCUCUUGUUUACAAGACUUAGGAGGCGGAACGUGUGUUCAUUCUUCAUUUUAAAGAGAAGAUGGAAUAAAAUAGAAAAUGCACAAAAAAAUUAAAAAAGAAUAAAAAAUUACUUUAAAAAAUGUAUAAAACAAAUAGAAAAACAAGAAAAAAUCAAACUCUUAUUGAGGAUGAAGACGAUGCUUUGUAACUCUGGGAAUUCGGAUCAGUGUUUUUGGCCAUGGCGUUGGUUAUUUGAACUAUUCCUCUUUGUCUGCUAAAUAACCAGCAAUGGUUCUCAGGAAAUCAAGCCAGUUUUCCCCCCUUGUAGGUGAAUUAAAAAAACUACUACUCCUUGUAGGAAAGGAUAAUCCAACUUCUAGCACUGAAAACUAUGUAUAGGUCUGUCAGUUGUUUUUUUUUUCUCUGCCAAAUAACUGCUUUAAGCUGGAGAAGCUCAACACACUGCUUUCAAUAUGCUGUCUUUUGAGGUGGGAGGGGGGGGGGCCCUAACAUGAGGGGGUGGAGGACGGGCUGUAGAAACCCCUACGCUCCCUCUCUCCUCCUCUUCCUCCUCUCCUCCAGUCCUCCACUCCACUGAUGUAAAAAUCAAAAGUGGGGGGGAGUGUGUGUGUGUGUGUGUGUGUGUGACUGUCAGUGGAAAAUGUUCUGUCUUGUCAGACUUAUAAACCAAGAGAAAGGCGAAUCUGUAUCUAUGCAUACUGUAGCCUCUCACACGGCCUACCGAGAGGUGUUUUUUUUUUUUAUUUUUAUUUUUUUUUCCCAUGACUCAAAAUGUUAAGUGUUUCAUUAAGUACAAAAAAAUGCGAAAUAUUACUUGCUUUUUUUCUUGUUUUUUAAUCACUCUCAUUGCCACAGAUGGUGUUUUGAAAAAAGGAAAGAGAAACUUUAAAAAAAAAUCUUGUUUUGAUUGAAGAUACUAUUUUAACAGUGCAAAAGUCGUCCACAUUUCAUUGCCUUGAUCCUAAUUGUGUCCGAAGAUGCAACAACAAGUCAAGUGGCUUCUACCUGUUUACAAAUAGAAUAUGAUUGUAUUGUUGUACUGUUUCUUUUUCCUUUGGGCGGGGGUGGGGUGGGGGGGACUCAUCUAAAGUUCUUGACCUGAUGAAUCGUGUGUGUGUGUGUGUAUUAGGAUGCCGGCAGUUGUGCAUUCUAGCGCUGGAGGGGAAGGUGUUUGAUUGUGGGAGGGAAGGGCGUCGUUUGUGUGUGAGAACAGCGUGAAUGUAAAUCCACCAGUGGUGUUUGUCGACAAAAAUCCACAUGUGAAUAAUAGAUGCACCCAUCUACCAGUGAUUGUUUAGUUACUACGAUGCACAAUAUCCGGGGAAAAACAAACGCUUCAGAAAGUGUGUGAACGAGAAGUCAGCAUUAGCGAAGCCAUGGACCUUAAUUUCUUUUCAUCACCGUGUAAUUACUCUGUUAAGCCUGUGGGGUGUGUGUGUGUGUGUGUGUGUGUGCGCGCGCAUGUGUUUUCCCCCUCCAAUAUAGGUUUUUAUUUCAGAAGUACUCUAAAUGUUGGCUUUAGUUGUGUUUUUAAGUUUAGCCGUGAAUAUUUAACACUUCAAAGCAUACGUAGCGAGACAGAACCUUGAGUAUUAGCCAGACUUGACAGUGGUGUGUGCCAGUAUUGAACUGCUUUCUACCAAAUAAUUAAAAAAGAUUAGUUUACUUAAUUCCAGAUCUUUGCUUAAACUAUAUAUAUAUUAUUUGAUUUUUGUCUUGUUUAACAAAUGUUUUCAAGUGGAACAUCUGAACCAUGUUUGUCAUUUGUUUUUGAGUUAACUUAAAUUGACAAAUUGAACUGAGGAGCCUUGGAUUUUGCACUUGGGUGGAUUAGAGGAAAGGCCGAACGAGCAGAGAGCAAAGCCGUGACGGACAGUCAGACACACAGUUAACGGUGGCAGUGUUUGGUUUUCAGGUCUGUCUAAAGGAGAAAGUGCGUUUGUGUGAGUAUUGUGACAGGGGUAUGUGUGUGUGUGUGUGUGUGUGUGUGCUGUGACUAGAGAAGAUGGUGCUUUGUUGGUGCCAGUGAGGGAGUGAGAGAAGGGGCGGGGGUUUGUCGUCGUCCUCCAGGUUUACCUCUCCCUGUUCACUGGGCUGGCCGGUCAGAGCGGUGAAGUCGCCAAGCCGCCGAACUGAGCCAGAAUGUAGCUGAAAACGGUUUAAAAAGUAAAAAAAAACGACGGCCGGUGCCUCGAUCUGCCUCAAACAUGGAACCACCGCAAGGAAAAAUCAAGCAAAGCAACCGCUGCUCAUUGUCUUUGUGUUUGAUUUCAAAUUCAACUACUGUUUUAAAUGCGCCCGGUUGUCGGUGGCUGUUGCGGUGGAGAUGCUCGUGUCUGUAGCUUGACUGAAAGGAGGCGAGGCUUGUUGUUGGCCCCGUAGUGACUCAGGCAAGGGGAUGUGGCUUGUGAUUGGCUGGCUCUUCCUGGCUUUUCAGGGACACGGAGUUCCACUUGCCUCUUUGCCGGCUUAUCCAGGAUCAGCUCCCCCUCUCCAACUCCUAAGCUUAACUACAGGAGAGGAAACGCAAAACUGACAGGAGGUCUGGGGCAAGUGAACUCUAAAUAGUCUAGUCAAAAUAGUAUUCCCUUUACGCUUUUGCUGAAAUUAUUUUACACUUCGUUCAUUCUAAUUUUGUCGAUGCUUCUCUCCUAGCGCUGACCUGGGAGCAGUUUUGUCCCCCCUUGGUGGGACAAAAGCUGACCCCUGAUCAGCAGCGCAGGAGGCAGCAUUGCUCUGCUGUUAGAGAAGGGACAAGCAACGUCUGUAAAACUCCUCUCAUUGAUGUUAAUGUUACUGUUCUGGGUCUCAGCUUAUUCUAGUUCUGUUUCUAUCUCGUCCAAUCUACUGUUAGUAUGUCUGUGUGUGUCUGUGUGUGUUGUGGGAAGAUGCAAAAACCCAGUCUCGUACAGUGUGUUUGUAUUUGAACACAUUAUCAUGCCAAAUUAAGGAGGGGAGGGUGAGAGGGAAGGAAAGGGAUUGAUUUUAUUUUUUUUGUGUAUGUGUAUUUAAAAAGCUGGACAAUGUUAAAUGCUUGAAGAAAAAAUGUAAUUUGCAAAAAGAUGAUGUGAGGAAAACAUUUUCAGUAAGUCAAAACCACCAUGAGCAAUGUACAAUCCCCAGGGCUGCCAAGCAGCUUCCCGACAGGGCCAGUCGAGGGGAGGAAAGAAGGAAGGAAGGAAAGAGGGUAGGAGAGGAGGGAAGCUGGCUGGUGAUACUCUACUACGUUUUAAUGUUUAAGAAAAAUAAUGUGACUCUUUGUUUUUCUCUUGACUUAACUAUCCUGUGAGCAAAUGCUAUAUUAUAUCAUAACACACAAACGGCUCCUACUGUCGAUCAAAAGCGCAAAGGCUUUUUUUUUUUUUUUGACACAAAAACUAUAAAAACCACAAAAAACAAACAAAAGUUUAAAAAAACAAACACAAAAACUGUGAGAAUCUGCUGUUUUUUUGUCAUUUUACAUUUAGUAUGAAUACACAAAAACAAACCCUGAAAAGCUUUAGUCUAACCAGCACAAAGAUGUGGGUGGGUGGGGCGGGCGGGCUAUCGGGGUGGGGGGUGGGUGGGAACCGUACAGAGGGGUUGGGUGGGUGUCGCUCAGAGAGACUAUGCAGUGGAGUGUUGAACCCAGGCUUCCAUGUCCACCUUGGGUUUUUUGCUUUCUAUAAAUAAAUAAAAAAUCCCAAAAAUGUUUUAAAAACACAGCUGAGACGGGAUUCCCAAUAAUAUUCCUCAAAACAUGUUGUGCCAUCGUUGAAUCGUACUACUAGUACUACUACUUCUAAUAAUAAUAAUAAUAAUAAUGAACUGAAAAAAACCUUAUUACCUAGCAACCGUCGGGCCAGUUGUAGCAGGAGAGGAGGACAGGUUAAGAUUUGCAAAGUCCAUUUCUUUAUUUUCACAGCUUGUCACCUCCUCGACACGCCGAGGGAAGUGAGGCCGGUGAAACUGCAAAUUUUACACAACUACAAUGUUUUUUUAUAGAGAUUCUAUCAAUCCACAGUGUGUAGUUGGAUCACCUGUAAACCUAUUAUGCACAUUGCUUUGGGAGACUGUUGAAACUAUAUAUAAUAUAUAUAUAUGAGAAUAUAAACGUACAAUGUCUAUAAUCAACGAGAGGAUGUCUUCCUCUCUUACAAAAACAGGAAGUACCUUUUUAUUUUCAAACGUCUUCCUCGGGUCAUCAAAGGAUUUUAUCUUAAACUUUGGGGGGAAACUGCACUUUUUGAAGGACAAUCUUUAUUUGUAUGGGUAUUAAAAAUUGAUUAAAAAAACUAAGUCGCCUGAUCAUACAAGGUAUAGAAAACCAACUCCAGUGUGCUCUAAUAAUGAAUGUCUCCUCUGAUGCUGUCUAUUUGUUUGGUUUCAUUUAAUCUUUUUAUUUUCCUUCCUUUUGUUGCUUGGUUUGUUCUGUAUUUUUUUUUUUCUCCUUAUUUUUCCGGAUUUUAGUGCUCUUAAGAGAAUCUGUACUAAGGUUGUAGAGUAGUAGGUAGUAGGUCUUCUGUUGGUUGUACUCGUAUACUGAUUACUGUUUGUAACCCUCUGGCUCCCACAGCCUUCAUACAAAGCUGUAAAACUUGGGUACAACCCUCAAUAAAAGACUAACAAUGACUCAG